CCCGCCUCGCCCUGCGCCAGUGGCGAGGAUGGCGGCGUCUUCGAGCGGCGAGAAGGAGAAGGAGCGGCCGGCCGGCGCCUCGGGGGCGGCGGGCGGGAACAGCACGCGAGAGAGGCUGCUGUCAGCGCUGGAAGACCUGGAGGUCUUGUCGAGAGAACUUAUUGAAAUGCUGGCAAUUUCAAGAAACCAAAAGUUGUUACAGCCUGGAGAGGAAAACCAAGUGCUAGAGUUGUUAAUUCACAGAGAUGGGGAAUUUCAAGAGCUGAUGAAAUUGGCACUUAAUCAAGGGAAAAUCCAUCAUGAAAUGCAAGUUUUAGAAAAAGAAGUAGAGAAGAGAGACAAUGAUAUUCAGCAAUUGCAAAAGCAGCUAAAGGAAGCAGAACAGAUACUGGCAACAGCUGUUUAUCAAGCAAAAGAAAAACUCAAAUCAAUAGAUAAAGCAAGAAAAGGUGCUAUCUCCUCUGAAGAAAUAAUUAAGUAUGCACAUAGGAUUAGUGCAAGUAAUGCUGUGUGUGCCCCACUGACCUGGGUUCCAGGGGACCCACGGAGACCAUACCCAACUGACUUAGAGAUGAGAAGCGGGUUAUUGGGUCAAAUGAACAAUCCCUCUUCUAAUGGUGUGAACGGUCACCUACCAGGAGAUGCACUUGCAGCGGGCAGAUUGCCAGAUGUCCUUGCUCCUCAGUACCCAUGGCAGUCAAAUGAUAUGUCAAUUAAUAUGUUGCCACCAAGUCACAGUAGUGACUUUUUAUUGGAACCUCCGGGACAUAAUAAAGAAAACGAAGAUGAUGUAGAAGUUAUGUCAACAGAUUCCUCAAGCAGCAGUAGUGACUCUGAUUAAACGUCAUUGAUGACAAGUAACAUAGAAUGAAUACUAAAAAACUCUAAGUGCAGUUGUGCAGUCCAUUAAAAAUCACAGUGGACUUUUCUCUUUAAAGACAUAAUCAUGGUUUUAGUUCUAAACCACUAGGUGACUACUAGAGAAUAAUUUGCUGUUGGAAAAGAUUAUUCUGGUCAGUGCUAUCUGACCCUGUUCUAUUCCAGUUGUGUUUGACUUGUACAAAGUAGUUAUUUAAAUAAAACUUGAAGGAAAUGGCCUGUAAUAUAGUCUUGGAAAUAUGUAGAAAACCUAAAGAAAAAAAAAGAAAAGGACUGUGCUGAUUGUAUAUCAUACUCUCAAAAUCCAAACCUCAUUUGAAAGUGAAGGCUGUUAACUUCUGUCACAGUAACAGGAGAAAUUCUCUGUAUUAUUUGUAACUAUUGUAAUUAUUGUAAAUAAAUCAUUUUUGUUUGUA